AUGACCUGCUGUGACCCAGGAGGGUCAGUGGAGGCUGUGGUCCCCAACCCUCUGCCCUGCAUGAAGGAUGAGCACACGUGUCAGGAUGGGGGUUGUAUCCCUCUGGAGUACCUGUGUGACAACAGACCUGAUUGCAAUGACAUGAGUGAUGAGCUGGAUUGUGAUUCAGCCUGGACCAGUGACCCCGACCCCUCCCACCACCACCACCCCCCCAUCAGGAAGUCCACACGCCCCCUUGGCCCCCCUGACCCUCUAGGGCCCUGCAAAGUGGACCAGGCCACCUGUCAGAACGGGGAAUGUGUCCCCAGAGACUACCUGUGUGAUGGAGAGAGGGACUGCUCUGAUGGCAGCGACGAGUUCAGAUGUGGCACGCCCUCUCCCUGUGAACCCAAUGAGUUCAAGUGUAAGAACGGCCGCUGUGCUCUCAAGCUGUGGCGCUGCGAUGGAGACAACGACUGCGAGGACAACUCAGACGAGACCAACUGCCCCACCAGAGGUCCAGGUGACACGUGUGCCCCAGAGCAGUUUGUGUGCCUCAGUGACCGCACCUGCAUCCCAUCUAGCUAUCAGUGUGAUGAGGAGCCUGACUGCCCUGACCGCUCGGAUGAGUACGGCUGCACUCCUCCCACAGUGACCAGUCCCCCGGAGGAAUCUAUUGAGGCGGAGCGGGGGGAGACGGUGACUUUCAACUGUGUGGCAGUUGGUGUUCCCACCCCCAUCAUCACCUGGAGGCUCAACUGGGGCCAUAUCCCCAUCAGUGGCAGGAUCUCAAUGACCAGUGAGAAUGGGCGUGGCAGCCUGACCAUCCGUGACGUAAAGGAGGCGGACCAGGGGGCGUACACCUGUGAGGCCAUCAACGCCAAGGGCCUGGUCUUUGGGAUCCCUGACGGGGUGCUCAGCCUCACACAGAAACCAGGAAACUGUCCUGACGGUCACUUCAGUGUGGAGGGACGUUGUAUCUCUUGCUUCUGCUUCGGCAUCACCAAGAACUGUGGGAACACUGGACGCUACCGAAACCAGAUCAAUCUGCGCUUCACUGACGAGGACGACUUCAAAGGAGUGAACGUGACUUACCCCUCUCGGCCGGGCACCCCUCCUCUCUCCUCCACUCAGCUCCUCAUCAACCCAGAGGAAGAGGAGUUCCAGCUAGUUGACCUAUCACGGCGCUUCCUCAUCCUGGAUUCAUUUUGGACGCUGCCACACCAGUUCCUGGGCAACAAGAUUGAUUCCUAUGGAGGGUCCCUGAAGUACAAGGUGCGUUACACGCUGGCCCGUGGUGAGACUGAGCCUGAGGAGAAACCAGACGUGGUCCUGACCGGGAAUGGUCAGAGACUGGUCUACCGCAGGGGUAACCCAACCCCCUCCAGAGAGGUCAACCAGAAGGAGAUCAAGUUUACUGAGGACAACUGGCAGCACUCGUCGGGUCGCCAGGUGUCCCGUGAGGACCUGAUGAUGACGCUGGCCAGCCUGGAGAGCAUUAGCAUCCGCACCGUCUACGACAACCACAUGGUGAGCGUGGCGCUCAGUGACAUCGUCAUGGACACCACCACUGUGGAGUACAACAUCCAUGACAACGCCAAAGACGUGGAGGAGUGCAGGUGUCCCCCUGGCUACUCAGGACUGUCCUGUGAACAGUGCUCCACUGGCUUUGAGCGUGUGUCUGGAGGGAACUUCCUGGGAUCCUGUGCUGGAUGCAACUGUAACGGACACGCCAGCGCCUGCGACCCCAUCAGUGGACAAUGUCUGAGCUGCCAGCACAACACUGAAGGUCCUCAGUGUGACAAGUGCAGACCAGGCUACUUCGGUGACCCCAGGCGAGGUCGCCCCGAUGACUGCAAGCCCUGUCCCUGCCCAUACACUGAGACAUCCCGCAGGUUUUCCGACACCUGUUUCCUGGACCAUGACUCCCAGGCCACGUGCGACGCCUGCACGCCUGGCUACACCGGCCGUCGCUGUGAAAAGUGUGCAUCUGGGUACCAGGGUAACCCACUGCAGCCCAAUGGCAAAUGUUUUACAACCCCAAACUCAAAGUGUGAUAUUCGAGGAACAGUGAAUUCCAACAGCAGACCAUGCGCCUGCAAGUCCAACGUGGUGGGGUCGCAGUGUGACGAGUGUAAGAGCGGCUCCUUCCACCUGAUGGAGGACAACCCAGAGGGCUGUCUGCAGUGCUUCUGUAUGGGCGUCACCAAGCAGUGUGCCAGUUCCACCUGGAGCCGAGACCAGGUCCGUGGCGGUGUGAAUGGUCAGCUCUUCUCCCUCUCCAACGGAGCCAAUACCAGAACCAUCACGGACGGCAUCGCUCAGAGAGGCUCCUCGGAGGUGGUGUACCGCUCCUUCUCUGACAUCCCCAACGACGUCUACUACUGGGUCCUACCAGACAGCUUCAGAGGAGACAAGGUGACAGCCUACGGCGGGGAGCUGCGCUACACCGUGCGCUACGAGCCCCGGCAACGCUCCCUGGUGAUUGACAGACAGCCAGACGUGGUUCUCCAAGGCAACGGCAUCUUCCUGGAACACUUCUCCCAGAUUAAGCCCCUCUCCCCCGCCACUGUCACGGUCACCUUCAGAGAGUCUGCAUGGAGGCGUGCUGAUGGACAGCCCUGUACACGGGAACACCUCCUCAUGGCCUUGGCUGAUACUACAGUCUUCAUGAUCAGAGCCACCUACGCUGACAACAUGGUUGAGACCAGUCUCUCAGACAUCCGGAUGGACAUUGCAGUGCCACAUUCCACAGGCAACGAACGGGCCCUGGAAGUGGAGGAGUGUGCCUGUCCCCAGGGCUACAACGGUCCAUCAUGUCAGGAGUGUGACGUGGGCUACACCCGUACAGGCUCUGGGCUCUACCUGGGUACCUGUGAGAGGUGCCACUGUAACGGCCACGCCAGCGGCUGUGACCUGGAGACAGGCGCGUGCUUGCAAUGCCUUCACAACACUGCCGGCCCAAGGUGUGAGCGCUGUUUGCCAGGUUUCUAUGGCAACCCUAUGACGGACGGACCUCAGGCUUGUCAGUCCUGCCCCUGCCCUGGCACUUCCCCCAGCAACCAGUAUUCUCUGUCUUGCUACAAGGAUGCGGACGGUCAGCCUACAUGUGAUAACUGCCCCCCUGGCUUCACCGGCCGGCGCUGCGAAAGAUGUGCUGCUAGGUAUACAGGCAACCCCCAGCUUGGACAAAAGUGUAUUGUUGGCAACAAUGAUCUCAAUGGUAACUGCUACAACUGUGACCAGAGAGGAAGUGAAGGAUGCAAUGGAAAUGGUGUGUGUCGCUGCAAGAUGAACGUUGAGGGCCCUGCUUGCUCCAACUGUAAGCAGGGAACCUUCCACCUCAGCACAGACAACAAAGAUGGCUGCCUGUCCUGCUUCUGCAUGGGAGUCACUCAGCAGUGCUCCAGCUCCUCCCACUACAGAGACCAGGUGUCAUCCGUCUUUGCCCCAGGCAACUUCCAGGGCUUUGCUUUGGUCAACCGUCAGCUCACCAACCGUAUCUCCACCGGUUUCACCGUGGAGUUGUCCACUGACGGCACCCAGCUCUCCUACAGCAACUUUGACUACCUGGGCCAGGAGCCCCACUAUUGGCAGCUGCCCGGGGCUUUCCAAGGGGAUAAGAAGGAAGCUUUCUUUGCUCGUAUGAGACGAGCGCACCAGAGAGACUCCUCCUGGACAGAGGAGCAACUGAGGAAGGAUGCGUCCGUUUGGGACAUAAUGACGUCUUCGAAGGGUAAUGGCACCUCCAGGUCCAAAAGAGCUAGCCAGGAACAAGUGAAGAAGCUGGAUGAUGAGAUCUGGGCAAUCCUCUCCAACUUUCCAGCCGGCUCUCCUCCCUUCCCUCCCUCCUCUUCCUCUGAGAGGAAGGUCCCCAGCGCCUCGUAUCGGGCGGGGUCUCGUACCCCCCUGAGGCCCCCCUCUCCUUCUUCCUCCCUCUCUGGUAUCUCCUCCCUGGUACGGCCUACUAGUCCUCAGCCAGCCUCCCCAGGUCACUCUCCUCGACAGCAGACUCAACAGCGGGGGACCAAGAACAUAGUGGGUCCUCCUAGUGCUCCCAGUAGCCCCAGGUCUACAGGGGCCUCCAGCCAGUACGCUUUGUUCUACAAAGGUUUCAGCUUGCACCCGGAUGACACGCUCUACUGGCAGCUCCCAGAGCAGUUCAAAGGGGAUAAGGUGAACUCGUAUGGUGGGAAGCUGAAGUAUACCAUCUCCUAUGUAGCCGGCCAGAGAGGAACAGCCAUUGAAGACGCAGAUGUUCAGAUUAUUGGAAAUGACAUCACCCUGGUGGCUCGCCAGCUGUGGCAGAGGGGAAAGGGGACAAGAGAGUCCCGCCAGUUUGAGCUCGUCUUCAGAGAGGAGAACUGGCGUCGCCCAGACGGCAUGCCUGCCACUAGGGAGCACCUGAUGAUGGUGCUGGCUGACCUGGAUGACAUCCUGGUGCGGGCCUCCUACUACACAGAGAUGAGGUCCUCCAGCAUCUCCGACGUCAGCAUGGAGGUGGCCGUGCCCAACUACAGCGGCCUGGCUCAGGCUCUGGAGGUGGAGCAGUGCCGCUGCCCGCCCGCCUACCAGGGACUCUCCUGUCAGGACUGUGCCCCUGGCUACACUCGUACCGGAGGUGGCCUGUACCUGGGCCACUGUGAGCUGUGUGAGUGCAACGGGCACUCUGACUCCUGCCACCCCGAGAUGGGCAUCUGCACGAGCUGUCUGCACAACACCCAGGGAGAGCUGUGUGAGCAGUGUGCCCAAGGUUUCUAUGGUGAUCCCACCGCUGGAACCCCAGAGGACUGCCAACCCUGUGCCUGCCCUCACACCGACCCUGACAACCAGUUCUCCCCCACUUGUGAGAGCCUUGGUAACGGUGGUUAUCAGUGUACUGCUUGCCAGCCUGGAUAUACUGGCCAGUACUGUGAGCGCUGUGCAACUGGAUACGUUGGAAAUCCACAAGACAGGAUUAAGUGUCGUCCAUUCAAUACAGCGGCAGCCUCCCUGGUGGUGAAAGUGUACCCUGAGAGGGUUUUGGUAGCCCAGGGCAGCCCAGUGACCCUGCGGUGCCAGGUGACCGGCCCUCCACCCCACUACUACUACUGGUCCAGGGAGGACGGACGCCCCGUGACCAACAGCGCCAUCAGACAAAGACAAGGAGAGGAGCUGCAUAUCCCCAGUGUUCAGCCCAGUGACACAGGCGUGUAUGUCUGUACCUGCAGAGACCAACGCAAUACCAACAGGAGCCGCGCUGAGAUCGUCGUCACAACUGUCUCAUCCAAACCCAUUCAAGUGACCAUCGAGGAGCCCAAAACACGGAGUGUCACAGUUGGAGCAACAGUCAGCUUCAUCUGCACAGCCAAGAGCCAGUCUCCAGCCUACACCCUGGUGUGGACCCGGCAGGGUAACGGCAAGCUACCCAACAGAGCCAUGGACUUCAACGGCAUCCUGACCAUCCAGAACGUCCUGCCUGAGGACGCUGGCAUAUACAUGUGUACAGGCUCCAACAUGUUUGCCAUGGACGAAGGCACUGCCGUCCUCUACGUGCCAGAGGCCUCACAGACUCAGAUGUUUUACACGACCUAUGAAAUGUUGGAAGGACAUGGAAAGCCUCGCGAGGGGGCCCAGCCAGUGGCUACUGUCACUCCCUCUGUCCUGACCAUCCAGCAAGGAGGCCAUGCUGAGUUCCACUGUACUGUGACUGGCAACCCUACCCCUGCCAUCGAAUGGAUAGGUGGAGGUCCCAGUAAUAGGAUGAGCCCCAAUGCUGUGGUCCGUGGAGGGGUCCUGACCAUCCCUGCUGUGGGGAGGGAGAAUGGGGGGGAGUACAUCUGCAAGGCCCUCAACACCCACGGAGAACACACAUCACGGGCUGUCCUCCACGUCAGUGGUUCCCAAACUGUGGGUCGGGACCCACUUGUGGGUCACAGCAGGGGUCAAGGUGCCAGCCUGCCCCACGUGCAGGUGAGCCCCCAGAGGGUGGACAUCAAUGAGGGGGAGACUCUGAGGCUGUACUGCAGGGCUGGAGGCAGGCCCAGCCCAGGACUCACCUGGAAGAAACAGGAAGGACAACUCUCCCCGCAGGCCAUUCCUUCUCACGGUUUCCAACAGUUUAAAAGCAACAGUCUCGAUGUGUUACAGAGACGUAUUAAGGAGCUGCAGGCCAGUAUGGAGCGCACAGACAUUGGCACCUUGCUAAUCCCUAACAUCAAGUCGUCUGACUCUGGCACCUACUUGUGUGUGGGCACCAACUCCAUCGGAUCCUCAGAGGCUCGCAUCGAGGUCACCGUCAAUAAAGCAAUCGGAGGAGACACCAUCUCAUCAGCCAUCACCAUCCAGCCCUCCAUAGCAGAGGUCCAGGAGGGACAGAGCCUGGACCUCAACUGUUUUGUCCCUGGUAACCCCCCACCUGCUGUCACCUGGAGGAGGGAAAGUGGACGCCUGUCCGCCAAUCACCAGGUUCUGGGCACCAAGCUGCGUAUCCUCUCUGCCAGUCCAGAUGACUCUGGGAAGUAUAUCUGUCUUGUGGAGAGAGGGCCUGGUACUCCUAUCCGUCAGGCCUCAGUCUCUGUCUCAGUGACUGCCACCUCCUCUCGUCUGCAGACCCCCAUCAUCUCCAUUGAGCCCCACAGUGCAGCGUUGCGACAGGGAGAGUCAGCCAGCUUCAAGUGCAGAGUCAACGGUGGAGCAGAGCCCAUACGGCUGGAGUGGAAACUAUCCAACAACCAGCCCCUUCCUGACAAUGUGAAGGUUGGCCAUUACGGCACUGUCAUCACCAUCGCUGACGCCCGCCCUAGCAACCAGGGCACCUACAACUGUGUGGCUACCAACCUGUUUGGAAUCACCCAGAGUAUCGUCUCUCUGAUCAUCAGAGAGUCUCCUGUAGCGACCGUCACCCCUCAGGGGCCCGUGCGAGUCAGGAUGGGUGAACCCAUUAACCUGGAGUGCCAGGCUUCCGGGGAGCCACGCCCAUCUGUCACAUGGCACAGACUGGACAGCGCCCGCAACACCAUGCUUAGCAGCCCUGUGCCCAUGGAGUCCAACGCCGUCAUGCAGGUCCUAGUGGCCCGUCCAGAGGACAGUGGUACCUACGUGUGCACAGCCCGCAACGACGAGGGCACCACAGAGACCAGGGUGGAGGUGAUCGUGGAGGGGGCUGCCCAGGUGCCCGUCACGCCCCGUGCCUCUGUGCCCGAUCCCCUCAUGGUGGUGGUGGAGGGACAGAGCACCACACUGAGAUGUGACGCUCACGGCUUCCCUGUCCCUAAGAUCACGUGGUCUAAGCUGCGUGCCCCUCUCCCCUGGAGACAUAAGGUAGUGGACAACACGCUGAUCCUGCCCAGUGUUGGCCGGGCAGACGCUGGAGAGUACAUCUGUAACGCCACCAACAACAUGGGCACCACCGAAGUCACCAUCAUGCUGGACGUGGAGACUCCUCCCUAUGCCACCUCCCUGCCCGACGACGUGGCAGUGCGUGUGGGCGAGGUGAUCCGGCUACAGUGCCUGGCCCAUGGUACUCCCCCCCUGCUCUUCCAGUGGACCAAGCUGAACGGCAGCCUGUCCACCAGGGCCGACGUCCAAGGAGGAGACCUCCAGAUUAACCUAGCCAUACCCGAGGACGCUGGCACCUACAAGUGUGUCGCCACCAACAAAGUGGGCACCAGCGAAGCACAUGCCAAAGUCACUGUCAGGUCCCCCCUGGUAGUGCGUGUGUCUCCUCAGGUGGAGGUAAAGGCCCGGGGUAGUGCUGUAGAGUUUACCUGCUCUGCUGCAGGAGGCCUGGGGACCACCUUGGAGUGGCUGAAGGAGGGAGGAGCCCUGCCCCCCAACCAUCACAUCAAAGAUGGGGUGCUGAGGAUUGAGAACCUGGAGCAGCGCAACGAGGGCAUCUAUAUCUGCAGAGCCACCAGUGUUCACGGCCAGGCCCAGGACUCCGCCAAGCUCACCAUCCAAGCCCUGCCCAAGGUGAUGAUCAACGUACGUACCGCGGUGCAGACAGUGAUGGUGGGUAACUCCGUGGAGUUUGAGUGCCAGGCAAUCGGCGAGCCCCAGCCCACGGUGCGCUGGAGCAGGGUGGGAGGGCCCCUGCCGGCACACAUCAUGGUGAAGGGAGGCAUGCUGAAGAUCGAGCAGGUGUCCGAUGCUGACGCUGGACAGUACCGCUGCACUGCCACCAACAACGUGGGCUCUGUGCAGUCUCAGGUGGUCCUACAUGUCCAGUCCCUACCCCAGAUCUCAGCUCUGCCAGAGUUGAACGAAGUGACAGUGGGAUCAGAUGCUGUCCUGCCCUGUGUGGCAUCAGGAUACCCAGUGCCUGCCAUCAAAUGGUCCAAGCUGGAUGGGGAACUCCCUCCUAAGUGUAGACAGGUCGUCAACACCUUGACGGUUCCCGAAGUGACCCACGAGGAUUCUGGCACAUACGUGUGCACUGCCUCCAACAAGCAGGGCAAAGUGGAGGCCUUAACCACCCUCAAAGUCCAUGAUCGAGUGAUGCCCUAUUUCACCCAGGAGCCCCUGUCCUAUCUCACACUGCCCACCAUCAAGAACGCCUACAAGUCCUUCAGCAUCAAGAUCAGCUUCAGGCCAGACAAUCCUGAUGGUCUUAUCCUCUAUGCUGGUAUGAUCAUCUACAAUGGACAGAAGAGGACCAUGGGAGCAGAUUUCAUCUCUCUGGGGCUGGUGGGAGGCAGGCCUGAGUUCAGGUUUGACGUGGGUUCUGGCAUGGCCACCAUCCGCUACCCCACCCCCAUCAAACUGGGAGAGUUCCAUACCAUAGAGUUCUACCGCAACCAAACCCAGGGCUCCAUCAUAGUGGACAGGGAGGCCCCCGUCAAUGGGAGCUCACAGGGAAAGUUCCAGGGGCUGGAUCUGAACGAGGAGUUGUAUGUGGGUGGUUACCCCAACUACACCCUCCUGGCCAAGACAGCUGGCCUCAAGACCGGCUUUGUCGGGUGCAUCCGUAAGCUGGUCAUCCAAGGUGAUGAGAUCAUCUUCAAGGAUCUGGAGCGCAGCUCCACGGGCGUGUCCAACUGUCCCGUCUGCACUGACCGCCCCUGUCAGAAUGGAGGGAUGUGCCAGGACUCUGAGGCCAGUCUGUACAAGUGUAGCUGUCCCAGAGGAUUCACAGGGAGUAACUGCCAGCACCACUCCUCCCUGCACUGCCACCCAGAGGCUUGUGGACCGGACGCCACCUGCAUCAACCGUCAGAACUCCCUGGGCUAUGACUGUCGAUGCCACCUGGGCAAGUCUGGAAACAAGUGCAUGGACGGUGAAUUGGUGACUACUCCCCUGUUUGAUGGUUUGGAAUCGUACAUUGCGUACCCUCCUCUGACCAACAUCCACAAUGACCUGCGCAUCGAGAUGGAGUUCAAACCAAUGGACCUGGACGGCCUGAUGUUCUUCAGCGUGGGCAAGAAGAUGAAGACGGAGGACUUUGUCUCCCUGGAGAUGGUUGACGGAUACGUGCAAUUCUGCUAUGAACUGGGGACUGGCCAAGCCGUCCUGCGCAGUCCUGAGCCGGUCACCCUUGGCCAGUGGCACCGCUUGGAAGCCGGGCGCCUCGACAAGGAUGGAUCUCUGACGGUUGACGGUGGCCGGGAGGUCAGGAGGUCGUCGCCAGGCAAGGCCCAGGGCCUGAACAUCCACACCCCCAUGUACCUGGGAGGAGUCCCCAACAUUGAGAUCGUACCCAAGGCUCUUAACAUCAGUGAUAUGUUUGAUGGAUGCAUAGGAGUGGUGUCCAUCAAUGGUAAGAAGGUGGACCUGUCCUACAGCUUCACAGAGAGCAUGGCCAUCGUCCAGUGUAAGGACAACAGUCCCUGUGACCGCAACCCCUGUCUGAAUGGGGCGAGAUGCAUGCCCAGUGCUGAGUAUGAAUACCAGUGUCUCUGCAAGGAUGGCUUCGAGGGUGAGCGCUGUGAGGUGGUGAGGGAUACCUGCCAGAGCAGUGACCAGUGCCAGAAUGGAGGCAGCUGUGUGAAUGGCCACUGUGUGUGUCCCUUAGGCUUCAAUGGCCCCACCUGUGGACAGAGCCAGGUCUCCAGCUUCGCCGAGGCCCUGUGGAAUUUGGAAGGUAGCGGGGGGAAUGAUGCCCCCAUUGAGUAUGCAGCUCAAUUCUAUGACAACGGUUACCUUUCUCUUCCCAAGACCAUCUUCCCCAGAAGCGGCCCUGACGCUCCAGAGACCAUCGAGAUGGAGCUCAAGGUCAACACCACCUCCAAAGAGGGCCUGAUCCUGUGGCAGGGAGUGGAGCCCUUUAAUGGCGCUAGCCAUUUCCGCAAGAUGCAUGCUAGUAAAAAGGAACUUGGAGAUCAAGGCAAGGGCAAGGACUUUAUAAGUCUUGGUCUGCAAAAUGGACACUUAGUCUUCAGCUACCAGCUGGGCAGUGGAGAGUCUCAGAUACAGUCCAGAGAGCCCAUCAAUGAUGGCAGAUGGCACAAGGUCACUGCUGUCAGAACUGGUAAACAGGGAUAUAUUCAGAUAGACGGAGCAGCCAUUCAACGAGGCCAAUCACAAGGCAAAAGCAUCAUGGUGAACACCAAAGGCAACGUAUACCUGGGGGGAGCCCCAGAUAUAUCUGCAAUGACGGGAGGGAAGUUCUCCUCGGGGCUCACAGGCUGUGUGAGGAACCUGUCUCUGAUGAACGCCCGGCCGGGAGAGCAGCCAGCCAGACCCAUCGAGCUGCAGGCCGCCGCAGAGAAUGGCAUCAACGUUGGGCGCUGCUCCUCAUAGACCUAUAGCAGCCCCCACACACACACACACCCAGAGACUAUGGAGACAAGAUACAGACUCACAGAGAGACUUACCCACAUACAUACAUACAUACAUGCAUGCAUACAUACAUAGUCAGUUUGAAAAAAACAUGGUGCUUUGCUGCUACCAAAAACAAAGCUACACAACAAAAUUAUAUUUUGCUCUCUGCAUUGAACCAAAAAAAGUGAACAAAUACUAACAAGUCUUCACUUCCUUAGUGUUGUAUUCUCAAUGAAGGACACAGGAGAUCCAGUACAGUUUUCAUACUCCCAGCAGUAGCUUUUAGUCAUGAGAAAGAGUAAAAUGCCAUAGGCCUUCUACAAUGGAUCAGAUCCUAUGGAGUUGGAGAUGUUUUUACAGCACUGAAUUUUUAUUUAUAUAAAUAUAUAUUAUAUAUUUGUGGGGGCAACAUGUGAACUAACCAUAACUGCUCUUCUUUGUCCUAGAGUUGAUUUUGGGUUCUAAUACUGUGUCCAGGGCUUUUUUAUAGGGUCUAGUUGUGUUAAUACUUGCAGACAUUAAAACCUUCUUUCUUCACUUCUGUAGGGGGAAUUUAGCAGUGAGCAUCCUUACAGACUUGUUACACUAUUGGGAGAGGGGUCACGGAGGUCACGGCACAAAGCAGCAUCAAGACACAUCUCAGGGGAAGACAGGAUUUUAAAAACAGACAGAACGCUAUUAGAAGUACUGGUGCUUUUCUAUUCUGCCAAAUCGUUUCUAAUCUGUUUCUGAAAUCACUUGCCUUCCCACACCUAGCAUGGUUGCCUUUUUUUGUGUCUGUAAAACGUUUUUUUUUUUUACUUGGUGCUAUUAAGUUAGACAUGGAAAUACAGCCCACUAGCGGUUAUUUGUCUGUCUCCUUAUAAUAAUGUGGUACAUGUGUUUCUACAUUUGAAAGAAUAUCAGUGUAAAACACAUGCUACACGUGCCUACUGUCUUUCACCUCUCCAGAGGUUGUGGUGUUCUCCAGAUAUGCAUGAGAUCUGAGGUUUUAUUUUAGUAUUAGCUGAAAUCUUCAUCGGUUAAAUGUCUCCUCCAACGUCCUAUUUGUUUGAGUAGAUCUCAAAAGACGUCGAGGUGUUUUAAAGAAUGAAUGGCGAUUUGUAUUUUGACGUUUUUUUAUUGAGUGGUUCUGAGAAUUGUAAGACAUUUUGUCAUUUUACUUCUGCAGUCAGUCAUGUGGCAACUAUCUGCCAGUCAGGUAAAAUAUCAGUUUAGUCUGGGUGUGUGUGAGUGGCUACAUGUGUACUUCCCCCCCCCACCCUCUCUUUAAACCCCUAUUAGAUGUUUGUGUCUGAACGGUAUAUGUGUACUGAAAGUGUCUGUGAACUGUUACUGUAUGUGUGUGUACUGAAUGUGAGUCUCGCCAUCUAAAUCCUCAGGAGGGUCACUACAGAACUGCCUCAAGAUGUUCCUCAGUCAGUUUCAGGUUCAGUAGCAACUAGCCUUAGUUACGGUCUUAUAGAACUAACAAGUCUGAUAUUGAACUCUUAACAGCUGCAUCAUUUUGUUAGCUGUUGUACCUAACACUGUAUGGAAGCACAUUCAUGCCAAAAUAAUUUUUAUUGGGGUAGACAUAUUGGAGGGAGACUAACAGACACGCAGCAGUUGAGACCUCCCUGGUGGGGUGCUCGGUAGCUGUGACCUGUGUAGCUCCAAUGAGCAUGCUCGCCCACACUGGUUUACCUCGUGACAAAUAUGGCAUCAAAAUUCACAUCACGAGGUUCACAAACUUUUCACUUUUUGUAAUCUUAAGAUUAUGUUGAUUUAAUAUUCUGAAAAUGAGCACCAUCAGUUAACUUAAAGUUGCUUCAUUUUUAUUUAUAUUUGUUUCUUUCUUUAAACAUGUUUUGUCUUCAUUUCAGGCUUGAUUCAGCUGUUGUAGAGCAAUCUGAAAAGCUUGGCAUAAUUUUCUUGGGUUAUUGUGUAUUGCCUCCCCACAUCCCCCUGUUCCCUUCAUGUUUGGUUUUAAUACCUUUCCUCCAUGAGUGUCUUGCCCCACUGGCGUUCCCACCAUGACCCCUCAGUCCAUACAGUCUCAGUGGAGUGUCUGCAACAACUGUGGUAACCAACAGUAACAUCAGCCUGAGAAGGGGUUGUCAACUGGUUUGUGCUAGAGCUAAAUGGAUGUGUACUUUGUGUAUCUCUACAUCUACAGUUGAAGUCGGAAGUUUACAUACACUUAGGUUGGAGUCAUUAAAACUCGUUUUUCAACCA